UACCAGCAACCCUGCAGCAUGGAGCAGCUCAACUGCACUAUGGUGGAAUCUAACACGUCCUCUUCUUCUCCUGAAUACCAACCUGAUGUGGUCCCAGCAGUGCUGCUGUCCAUCUGCUUCCUGCUGGGAGUUCCUGGAAACAUCACUGUGCUUCUUCUCAGACCCAGCUUUCAGCAUCUGUCCAGCCUGAGCCAGAGUUUGAUGCUGAAUCUGGCUUUUUCUGACCUGCUCUGCCUGCUGAUGCUCCCAUUGUGGAUUUACAGUUUUUUCUACAGCUGGACCUUCGGCCUGGAAGCCUGCAAGCUGAUCACGGCCCUCGUGUAUUGCAGCGUUUAUGGCAGACAGCUGACUGUGACGAUGCUGGCCGUCCAGCGCUACCUGCUGGUUGUGCACCUGAAGAAGUUCCUACAUCUUAGAGGGAAGAGGCUGCUGGUUCUGCUCUGGCUGGUUGCAGCGCUGCUGUCCAUCCCAUAUUUAGUGCUUUCACGGCCGAUCACAGAUCAGGACUGGACACGCUGCAAGCGUCACUACCCCUCUGAUGCACAGAGGGUGCCUGAACUGAUGAUAGAAAUCCUGGUACUAUUCAUUUCACUUUCUUUUGUGGCGUUUGCUUACAUCCAAGUCCGCAGAAAGGUGAACCAGGCGGCAUUUUUCAACAACCCCCAGACAAACAGACUGGUUACCAGCAUCAUUGUGACCUCUUUUGUCCUGUGGGUGCCGUAUCUCACUGUGAAUAUGCUGGGUAUCGUUGCCAUUUCUCUGAACAACAAGAGUUUGUUGAAUUUUUGCACAGAUGCCUGGAAAAUUGUUGCAGCUGUAACAUUUGUGAACAGCUGCCUGAAUCCCCUCCUGUAUGCAUUUGCUUCUUACAAAAUGCGCCAAACAACCACAACAAAUAAUGCAGCUCCUGUCACUACAGAUGAAGAGCUACAAGAAUGAUAUCACCAAGAUCAAACCAACAGUUUCUGCUCAACUAUCUCUGUU